AUGCCUAACCCAGAAGAAGAUGGAAGCAGCGGCAUUGAAGAGAAGCACAGACAUCGCACCCAACGGUCCCAACGCAUACACAAGGCAAUUCGACUUAUGACCUAUUAUCUCAAUUUCCAGGAUGAAUUUCAGAGUCUUGCCAAUGAUUCUGCUUGCGGCCUUUCAGUAGUAAGGAGACCUGAUGACACAAUGGUAGUUGGUGCUGCUUAUGAUGGAUGCUACGUAAGGGAAGAGGAUGGAGAGUACCUAAUGGUCCUGCUUCUGGAAGUCAUUGUGAAUGGGACAGUUGCGCAAUACAAGAUGGAGAAGAAAUGCCCAAUACAGAACGCUAUGGAUGCCCCAAGCCCUGACAUCUGCUCUGCUGUCAGCCAAGAGGACAAACUGGCCUGUGCUGGAACACCUGUAACCAGAGACAUCUGUGAUGCGUUGGGAUGCUGCUACUCCCCAAAUGAUGCCGGAAUGCCUUGUUUCUUUGGCAACAUGUUGACCACACAGUGCGCAGUUGAUAACAGCAUGGUGAUUGCAGUGUCCAAAGAUCUGACCAGGCCGUCCCUGCUUCUGGACUCGGUCUCUGUGAUUGGUGUGGACCCUACCUCUUGUCCUGGGCUGUCAGUAGCUAGAAGUAACUCCUUUGCAGCAUUCAAAUUCCCAUUAUCCUGUAGUAAUGCAGAUCAGGUCCCUGGUGGUCCAAUGAACUAUGAGAAUACUAUUGAAAGUCAAAGAACCAUAGAGACAUGGCGGGGUUCUUCUAUCACUAGGGACAGUAUAAUGAGGGUGACUGUGCGCUGCAGGUACACUCAGACCGGCAUUGCACCGCUGGCUGUGACUGUGCAUACCUUGCCGCCACCUUCUCCUGUUAGUACAUCUGGCCCCCUCGAGCUGGAGAUGAGGAUUGCACGAGGGAGAAUGGCUGAAGAGCAGGAGCUGCUGUCUCUGAAGAACACGGUGACAUCUGAAGGACCUGUUGCAUUUGUUUCUGUGGAUAAAGAAAUGCUAAAACUGGAAGGUGCUGAUCCCUCGCAGUACUCCACUCUGGACCUGGCUAGAGCACUAGCAACUGCUGGAGUUAUUGGCUUGGUGGCUGUCACUGUUGUAGGCCUGUGGCUCCAUCGCAGGAGACAAACUUCUAACAUGAAAGUUACAAAUGCUUAA